AUGCCGGUCAAGGACGUGGUGGCGUGGACCAGCAUGUUGACCGCAUAUGCCGAAAACGGGGAUCUGGAGCAAUCAACGAAUCUGUUCGAAAAGAUGCCCCAGAAAGAUAUCGUUGCUUGGAAUGCAAUGCUCGCGGCGUAUUACCGGCUAGGUCAUUUGUAUCAAGCAAAAGAACUUUUUGAUACCAUGCCUCGAAAAGAUUCUGCGUCCUGGAAUCUUAUGAUACUAGCAUAUGCCGAAGUUGGGAAUAUUGCCGAAGCACAAAAACUUCUUGAACUAAAUCCUUGUCGUGAUGUCACGGCUUUUACUAUCUUGAUCACUGCUUUUUCCCAGCACAAGAAAGUAGAGGAAGCUUUUAAAUUGUUCAGGGAAAUGCCUCGUCGCGACAUUGUGGCUUGGAACGCUAUGCUAGCGGGAUAUGCCCAUAACGGGCAUCUUGAGGAGGCAAAAUUUAUGUUUGACCACAUGCCUCAAAGAGAUUCGAUCUCUUGGACCACCUUGGUAGCAGCAUAUGCCUGGAACGGGCAUCUUGGAGAAGCUAGAGCUAUGUUUGAAAAGAUGCCAAACCAAGACUAUGUGACAGUGCCAACUUUGAUAGUUGCGUAUGCACAGCACGGGCAUAUUAUACAAGCAAAGAAUUUGUUCUCAAGAACUUCUCAAGGAGAGGUAAUGUCGUGGAAUGCAAUGCUCACAUCCUACAUUUUAGGUGGCGAGCUGCAAAGUGGUCUAGAUCUUCUUUUUGAUAUGGCUGUGGAGGGCCUCGGUCCUGACGAGAUCACGUUUCUUUGCAUUCUCUCGGGCUGUGGUCACUUGGGACUCUUGGAAGAAUGUAGAAAGCACUUCAAGAGGAUGAGAUCCGAGUAUAACUUAGCUCCAGGGAUCGAGCACUUUGUGUGCCUCGUUGAUAUUCUCGGUCGAUGCGGCCAGCUCGCAAAGGCCGAGGAGCUCAUCAAGACGAUGCCUUUCGUUCCAAAUCGUGUUUCGUGGUCGACUUUUCUGAACGCUUGCAAGAUCCAGAAAAGCUCGAAUCAUUCCGCAGUGGAAGUCGUGAAGACGAGCCCCGAUAAAAAAGACGCUGCCCCGUUUGUGAUGCUCUCAAAUCUCGUCACUCCUUGA